AUGCUGGGCGGGGCGGCGGGGGGCGCCCGCUCCCGCCCGCCCGCUGACCUCCAGCAAGGUGUAAGCCGGUUCCCGCUGUACUCGCUCUUCCCCGCGCAAACAAACAGACAAACCGUGCAUAAAGUGUCGGAGAGCGUAGUGUCGCGGUCGCUGGCCCUGGGCGCGCCCACGCCCCCGCCGCACUCGCCCUACUCUCCGCUGCCACUAGACUUGCUGUCCUGCUCCCAGCGACUACUUAUUGACAAGGAGUGUAACAAGAUGGAAGAUGGCAAGCUGGGCAAGGCAUGCCUGCCGGAGCUCUGCUGCCCUGGUGACCGGGACGUCUUGCAGCCGCUCACCAUCAAGACAGAGCAGGCAAAGCGCACCUGCAACACUUGCCUCACUAACUCACCCAAAAAGGUGGUGCAAGCGGAAGGCGGGUGCAGCCGCACCAACCCGGUCACGUGGCUGGGCGUGGGUCAGAACGUGCACGUGCAGGUGAAGCGCGAGCCGCACCACAUGCACAUGUCGGAGCUGGUCGCCGUCAAGCUGGAGCAGGCCUCGCCCGGCACCAAGCCCGACCAGCACAUACCCGCUAUACCCGCCUCGCUUAACAACGGUUCGAUUCCCGUGGGCAUAGCGGUGGCGCGACAGCGCGUGGGCGACGCGGGCCUACUCGCCGCGCUUUCGCAGAAAGACAACCAGAGAUUACAUGAUAUUGGCGCCACGUCAUUCUGUUCUCACACCGCAGACGCGGCGCAGGCGGCCAUGACGGUGGGCGUGGCCAACGUGCUGUGCGACGAGCGCCCCGCCCCGCUGGCGUGGCCGGCGCCCGCGCCCGCACCCCCCGCGCCGCUCUGGCAGUACCCAGCUCAAGUGUCGAUGGAGAGCAUGAUGGUGGGAGGCAUGGGCGUGGGCGUGGGCAGCGUUGCUGGUGUAGGCGGCGGCGUGGGUUCGGUUGGCGAAUACGAAAACACGUUAUUCACACUCGGCAAGCGGAGAAGAAACACGAGUGUCACAGAAGAUAAAAAGGCUGUUGUCCCAUCGACUAGCACAGAAGUUAAAACUGAACCAGCACCCCAGCCGCAGACAGCCGCAGAACAGAAAACGGAAGAAGAGGAUAGACAUAGAGAUAGGAAGAAACUUAAGAAACAUCGAAAGGAAAAACUCAAACGUCUCCAUUCCAGUGAAGAUGAUCCAAAUUCUACAGAAUACGUGAAAAAGAAAAAGAAGAAACACAAGUGUUGCGAGGAGCACUGCAAACACAGGAGACAUCACAAGAAACAUCACAGAAAACACAAGAAAAGACAUCAUUCUAGUUGCAAGGAACAUUCGAGUUCGUCGGGUGAUGAUCACCACAGGAGGAAGUCUUCCACAGAUUAUGUCGAUUCUAUCAAGUCUAACGAGGACUCCGGAGACUCCAAUGACAGGCUGUCCACUCUAAUAGCGGUCGAAAAAUCUCCAGACGAUCAGAUGAAGACAGUCAUCAAGAAAGCUGUCUUGUCGAAGAAAACUCUUGUGAAGAACGCCAUUUUGGACUUCAGCAAUCUCGGAAGGAUAACUCUAAAGAAAGACGAAGAUGUUAAAGAUAAUCUUAAGGACAGUGGAAUUGGACUGGAAGCGGAUGCACCGUCAACUUCCAUGGACACCCCAAAAAAGAAAACAAAGAAGCGCACCGUGUCAGCUACGUCGACGGACAGUGGCGCGGCGUGCUCGGCGGGCGCGGGUGGCGGGUGCGGAGCGGGGGUGAGCAAGAUGGCUGCGUUCCUGCCGGGCGGCGCGCUGUGGCGCUGGCAGGGCCCCGCCUACCGCCGCACCGCGCGCCCCCGUCACCGCAAGCUCUUCUACCGCGCCAUACAGCGCGGCGAGGAGACCCUUCACGUGAGUGGGCGAGGCAGCAGUGUUCCUAUCUACGGGACGCGCAGACCGGCCAUACAUCGGGCGCAUUGUGGCGUUGUGGGAGGCGCGCGGCGCUAUGGCCGUGCGCGUCAGGAGACUGUCGGCUGCCGCGGACCACUCAAGUAUCCGGGUGGUUUGUUCGAAUCCCCACACACGGACGAGAACGAUGUGCAGACUAUAUCGCAUAAGUGUGAGGUGGUGCCGCUGGCGCAGUACCAGGCGCGCAUGGCCGCGGAGGCGCGUGCUGCCGACGACAACAACGACCUCUACUACCUGGCAGGGCGAUACGAGCCCACGCAACGCGCCCUCACCAUGCAGCCUGAUGUGCCCUUCGCCGACGACCCUGCGCCGUAGUCCUGUGAGGCUUAUGCACGCCUGGUACAUACUAGUGUCAUAGUCUCAAUCUUUAUUGACGGGGUAGGCAGGUCAUAUAAAAAUAUGACAAUUGUUUUGAAAUUUUACUCAUGGCAACUAAAAUUGUGAGAAAGUAAAUUGCACUCAGGAGAUAUUUAUACAUAUUUUCUAACUUCAACAAUGUUUAUGUAGUUUUGUCAAAUUAGGGUUUAGUUACAUUUCGUAAGGGAUUGUUUCGGUCCCUGAGAGAUUACAAUUUGUCCCACGUUUAUAUUUAAAAGAAGUACAUUUAAGCGCUUAAGUAUUUAUAUUCUAUAUUGAACUGAGAAAAUGAUUUUUCAAGCGAUAAUUUAGUUGGUAUAAGAUACACUUUUGUCUAUAACAAACCAUUAAAAUAUUGCAGUGGUUUUGACUGUUGAACCAUUUGUCAUGAAAUGUGUCAAAACAAGUGUAACAACAGUCGAAACGCGUAACGUAGCAUUCAGUUUAUGGGACUUUUUUGACGUAGUGUUUGCAGUCGACUCUCGGUGUUAGGGUAGCGGUAGUCCCCUCUCCCCGUAGCCGUAAAUAUACAGGUUUAUAAAGUACAAUUGUAGAUCGUGAGGCUCAAUAGUACGACAUUACACCAGUUGGGGCAUGCGUUGCCCCAGAUGGUAUAUAGAGUACAUUGCCCCAGUUGGGGUGUAGUACAUUAAGUUAUAGUUACCCUUGUUACGUUAUUGGGACGUUAUUGCGGUUGUUGUUGGGCCGUUUUCCAUUGGCGGUGUUUUCGAUGUGUAGUUGUGAUCGGGAAAGUUGAUGAUAUGUGAUUUAUUUUUUUAUAAUCUAGUUCUUAAUAUCGGUACGUAAUUGAUUUAGUCUUUUUUUUGUAUAUUUUCUAACAUUGUAACUAAUUAUUUCUAAAUUGCAAUACUAUUUCUACUAGUCCGUUUAGUUUCAAAAUUAACCAGUGUCAACGGGGCUUUUGGAGAUGCAAAUUAUUUAGGGGCAAAUGUUUUGUUAUUGUUUUUUUUUCUUUGAUUCUACUUAUAUUUUCGGUUGAUAAUUUUAUGUUUGAGGUAUACAAUUUAUGGAAAUGGUGCUAGAUUGGUUUAUUUCGGCGUAGAUAAGGAUGUACAUACACGAGGCCGGUGCACGUAUGUUGCCAUUUUUCUACUUUAUUAUUCUUCGUAGCGUAUAAUUUACAGGGUACUAUGAACCCUGCUGGUAAUGUUUUUCAUAUCAGGAUGUAAAUAAGGUACUGAAAAGACAGGGAUGUAGGUAGGUGGAGAAAGGAUAGGUAGGUUUUGUACGAGGCGUUGCCAAAAUUGUUACGGAAACUGAAGGAAAAAUCCCAUAGUCGGUUGUUGCUGUUUGUAAAGUACACUCACCGACAGAAGUGAAUAAAAAAAUAACUUUUUUUUUAUUACAAAUAAAAGAAAUUCAAAGAAAUUGUUAUAUAGAGUGUAAUAAUAAAUCUAGUAUAUAACAAUAAAAGUUGUUAGUGAAGAUUUUUUUGCCAGGAAUCACUAAGUUUUGGUUUAAAUAAACAAUUUUGGAGCAUUCGUUUACUUUUUUUUCAUAGAUUUAUGUUCAAAAGUGCUUAUAAUAUUCUGUCGCUGAGUGUACCCUGGUAGGAAGCAUAGUAAGGUGACUUUAUAAGUACAUUUCUGUUGUGAAUAGUUAACAUCCGCAGUACUCUAACAUUGUUUCCCUGCAUUGUACUUUUUUGUUAUCGAUUUGCUUGAUUAAGUUACAUUAAGUUCUAGUUUUAAGAUCUUUUUAAUUUUAUAUACGAAAAAAAUGAUAUCGAAAACUCUAGAAAUCUUAAAAUUAUUGGAUACAAGAUGAAAAAAAAAUUACACAAAAUUUUCGGAAUUAUAUUUAGAGUGGUAUUUUUGUAUUAUUAUAAAGUAGUGUUUAUUUUGAAAUAUCUGAAGCGUUAAGUACAAAGUUUGUUUGUACGUAUGGCGGGAAUGUUGCACUCGAAUGUCAAAUAGCAACAUUUGAAAGGAAGCCAUAAAAUAAUUAUUAGAUUUAAAAAAAAA